AUGCCGGGCAAAAUCGACCCUCGCGGCAAGGGUGGCAAGGGCCUAGGAGGCAAAGGCCUGGGCGGCAAAGGCGGCACCAAGAGACACCGUAAGAUCCUCCGAGACAAUAUCCAGGGUAUCAGUCAGUUCCUCCCCAGAAAACCGCUCCUUCAUGACGCACCUGCUCACGCGCAAUUCACAGCCAAGCCCGCCAUCAGACGGCUGGCCCGUCGUGAAGGCGUGAAGCGUAUCUCAGGCCAGAUCUACGAGGCGGUCCGCGAGGCGAUGAAAGAACGAAUGACGAGGGUACGUACAUGCACUAUGGCCCGCCCGCACGCAUGCGAGGUCGAGGUCGAGGCCGAAGUCGAGUCGAGGUCACUGACGUACCGCCAGAUCAUCCGCGAUGUCGUAACCUUCACCGAGUACCGACAACGCAAGACCGUCACUGUCGGAGAUGUACUGCACGCGCUCCGCCGAAUCGGGCGGCCCAUUUACGGUUUCGAUGAUAUCAAGACCGUCCAAAAAGCCCCUGCCGCGAAGACCUAG